AUGCGCUCGGUUAUGAUUUCAAGGCGUCACCUGCGGGGAUUAACUUCCCCGGCCAUGACUGGGGCUCUGAGGACGAUGGCCCGGGCCCCUUCAUCCAGGAGGGAGCUGCACACGGCUCUAUUUUUCCCAGGCCAUGGAGUACAACGGGUGGGCAUGGCCAAUACCUGGAUGGACCGGUUCCCUCGAACCACGACGCGCCUCCUGGAUGAGAUGGACUCCAUCCUAGGAUUCCAUUUAUCCCGCAUCAUCUCUGAUGGUCCCAAUUCAAAGUUAAACAAGACCGAAAACGCGCAGCCGGCCAUCAUGGCUAUCUCCGUCCUCAUCCUCCGCAUUCUAGAAAACGAAUACGGACUAAACACUACAUCCCGGGUCGACGUGACCCUGGGCCACAGCCUCGGAGAAUUCACAGCAUUAGUUGCUGGAGGCUAUCUCCAAUUUUCCGACGCGCUCAAGCUGGUACGGCACCGUGCUGAAGUCAUGGCCCGAUGUACCCGAGAAGUGGUCGAACACUCCGGCGAAACAUACGGGAUGGUAGCAUUGAUCUGCGAGCCCGAACACCUCGAAAGCCUUCUCAGAACCGUGCAUGAGUUCCUAGGACUAGGAACUGACGACACUGUUCAAACCCCGUCAAUCCAGCAAGUUAUGGUGGCGAACAUCAAUUCCUCCAACCAGAUCGUUCUCAGCGGCAGUAUCGAAAGAAUCAGAACUCUCCUGGUCCAGCUGCGCCAGUUUGGCGGACACGAUCCCCGUGCCGUGAGACUCAAAAGCGAAAGCCCUUUCCACAGUCCCGUGAUGUUUCCCGCUACCCAAUAUAUGCGAACCGCACUCGAACACACCGACAUUAGCUUCCCUGGCAGAAUACCUUGUAUCUCUAAUGUCUCAUCCCUACCUUUCAAAUCAAAGGAAGAUCUCAAAAAUCUACUUUCUCGACAAUGCACGGAUACUGUCCAGUGGUGGGACAGCAUACGCUAUCUUCACCAAGAACAAGGUGUCAGACGUUGGAUCGGCAUCGGGCCUGGCAAAGUUGGCCGAAAUCUAGUUGGAAAAGAAGUUGGCCGGGUAAACACGAAAGGAGGUGGCGUAUGGGCCGUCUGCAACCCGAGGGAAAUGGAGGAAAUGAUUGUUGCCCUGGAACAGACCGAAGCCGAAGUCAGGAACCAUUGA